GUGAAGUUGCAGAGCAGACAGAAAGAGGAUUACCCUCCCUGGUCACUGUGCCUGUAAGAGGCUUUCAUUCCUCAUUCACCCUUUUCUAUCGCCAUAGCGGCCCAAGCUGCCAGCGCACCCUUGUUCCCCUUGGGGGCCACCAGGACCUGUGGGUCACCUUGGCAACGGGAACAACAUGUCACGCAGAGGGCACUGGAAGUCUAGGCGGGGCUCUGUAGCCUCGCCUCUCUCCCAUCACAACGGUGCAGGACCCGCGUGCUCCGCCGCCGGCUACCGCAAGGCAGAGGAUGAGAUGUCCGGAACCACAUCACAGGCGGACCCGAUAGAUGCCACAGCGCGGACCGUGCUGCUCAACCGAGCCCAGACCACCAAAUUUUGUGACAACCAUGUCAGCACGGCUAAAUACGGGAUCCUUACCUUCCUGCCGCGGUUCCUGUACGAACAGAUCAGGCGAGCGGCUAAUGCUUUCUUUCUCUUCAUCGCUCUUAUGCAGCAAAUCCCUGAUGUCUCACCGACGGGUCGCUACACAACACUGGUGCCCCUUAUUUUUAUUCUGACAGUGGCUGGGAUCAAGGAGAUCAUUGAGGAUUAUAAAAGACAUAAAGCAGACAAUACUGUGAACAAGAAAAAGACAACAGUUCUGCGUAACGGAGCAUGGCAAACCAUCAUAUGGAAGCAGGUGGCAGUGGGAGACAUGGUCAAGGUGACCAAUGGGCAGCAUCUUCCAGCUGACAUGGUCAUAGUGUCCUCCAGUGAGCCUCAGGCGAUGUGCUAUACUGAAACAUCCAACUUAGAUGGUGAGACCAACCUAAAGAUCCGACAGGGUCUCUCUCUCACAGCUAGUUUUCAGUCUCUGGAGGAACUGAUGGCUUUGUCUGGUCGUCUUGAAUGUGAGGGGCCGAACAGACACUUGUAUGACUUCACUGGAACACUGCGCUUAGACAACCACAACCCAGCUCCACUUGGGCCGGACCAAGUGUUGUUAAGAGGAGCCCAGCUCAGGAACACGCAGUGGGUUGUGGGAAUUGUAGUUUACACUGGACAUGAUUCAAAGCUCAUGCAGAAUUCCACUAAAGCUCCACUGAAGCGCUCUAAUGUGGAGCGUGUGACAAACAUGCAGAUCCUGGUUCUGUUCGGGAUUCUCCUGGUCAUGGCGCUGGUCAGCUCCAUCGGUGCUGCCAUAUGGAACAAACAGCACACAGAUGAGGCUUGCUGGUACCUUUCCCGUGCAGGUGACAUCUCUCUGAACUUCUGGUACAAUCUGUUAACCUUCAUCAUCCUCUAUAACAACCUGAUACCCAUCAGCCUCCUGGUCACGCUAGAAGUGGUCAAAUUCACACAGGCUCUCUUCAUCAACUGGGAUGUUGAGAUGUAUUACGCCGAGACAGACACUCCCGCUAUGGCCAGAACGUCCAAUCUGAAUGAAGAACUCGGCCAAGUAAAAUAUCUAUUUUCAGAUAAGACCGGCACUCUCACAUGCAACAUCAUGCACUUUAAGAAGUGCACGAUAGCUGGAAUUACAUACGGGCAUUUCCCAGACCUGGACUGCGAUCGAUCCAUGGAGGACUUCAGUCACCUUCCCUCUACAAGUCAUAAUUCCACUGAGUUUGAUGAUCCUGCUCUUAUCCAGAACAUUGAGAAGAAUCAUCCUACAUCCCCACAGAUUUGUGAGUUUUUGACCAUGAUGGCUGUUUGUCAUACUGUUGUUCCUGAGCGAGAAGGAAACCAAAUUAUCUUCCAGGCUUCCUCACCAGAUGAAGGAGCGCUGGUUAAAGGUGCCAAAAGUCUGGGCUUUGUUUUUACGGCACGGACCCCACAUUCAGUCAUCAUAGAAGCGAGAGGAAACGAGCAGAUAUAUGAGCUUCUUAAUGUACUGGAAUUUUCCAGCAAUCGCAAACGGAUGUCAGUGAUUGUCAGAACACCUACGGGAAAGCUUCGACUUUAUUGCAAGGGAGCGGACAAUGUGAUUUUUGAGCGUCUGAAUGAGGCGUCACAGUAUAAUGACCUGACCGUGGCCCAUCUGGAGCAGUUUGCCACAGAAGGGCUGCGGACACUUUGUUUCGCAUAUGUGGACCUCGAGGAGGGGGCGUAUCAGGAAUGGCUGAAGGAGUACAAUCGUGUCAGCACUGUGCUAAAGGACAGAGCACAGAAACUGGAGGAAUGCUACGAAGUCAUAGAGAAGAACUUGCUGUUGCUGGGUGCCACUGCGAUAGAAGACCGACUGCAAGCGGGAGUCCCGGAAACCAUAGCUACACUCAUGAGAGCCGACAUCAAGAUCUGGGUUCUGACCGGAGACAAGCAGGAGACAGCCAUCAAUAUUGGUUACUCCUGUAGGCUGGUGUCACAUGGCAUGUCCCUCAUCAUCGUCAAUGAAGAUUCCCUAGAUGCAACCAGGGCCACACUUACAGCUCAUUGCUCCUCGCUGGGUGACAGUCUGAGGAAGGAAAAUGAGUUAGCACUCAUCAUAGACGGACAGACGCUCAAAUACGCCCUCUCUUUUGAAGUGCGUCAGGCCUUCCUCGACCUUGCGCUGUCCUGCAAGGCCGUAAUCUGCUGCAGGGUGUCUCCACUGCAGAAGUCAGAGAUCGUGGAUAUGGUGAAGAAGCAUGUGAAGGCCAUCACGUUGGCUAUCGGAGAUGGAGCCAAUGAUGUGGGCAUGAUACAGACGGCACAUGUGGGAGUGGGCAUCAGCGGGAACGAGGGCAUGCAAGCCACCAACUCAUCCGACUACUCUAUAGCCCAGUUCUCAUACCUGGAGAAGCUGUUACUGGUUCACGGGGCUUGGAGUUACAACCGGGUCACCAAAUGUAUCCUGUACUGCUUCUACAAGAAUGUGGUUCUGUACAUCAUAGAGCUUUGGUUUGCGUUUGUAAACGGUUUCUCUGGACAGAUCCUGUUUGAACGUUGGUGCAUUGGCCUGUACAAUGUGAUCUUUACUGCUCUUCCUCCUUUCACACUGGGGAUAUUUGACCGGCCGUGCAGUCAGCAGAACAUGCUACGCUUCCCUCAGCUGUACCGCAUCACACAGAAUGCAGAAGGGUUUAACACUAAGGUCUUUUGGGGUCACUGUAUAAAUGCUCUCAUUCACUCCAUUAUUCUCUUCUGGUUUCCACUCAAAGUUCUGGAGCACGACACUCCCUUUGACAACGGCAACAGUGUCGACUACCUGUUCGUGGGGAACAUUGUCUACACGUAUGUAGUGGUAACUGUAUGUCUGAAAGCCGGUAUGGAGACCACAGCAUGGACAAGGUUUUCUCAUCUGGCUGUAUGGGGCAGCAUGGUGCUCUGGAUGUUGUUCUUUGCCGUCUAUUCUGCAAUCUGGCCAAGCAUUCCUAUAGCACCGGAUAUGUUGGGUCAGGCUGGCAGGGUGAUGCAGUGCUGGAGCUUCUGGCUGGGCCUGAUACUGGUGCCAACAGCAUGUUUACUCAAAGAUGUGGUGUGGAAUGCAGGGCGGCGCACAGUGAGGAAGACUCUGCUGGAGGAGGUGCAGGAAUUGGAAGCUCGGGCUGUGGACCCUGGGGCAGCCGUCCUCAGAGAUGCCAGCGGCCGCAGUCUGAACGAGCGUGCCCACCUGCUGACACGGGUCUUCAGGAAGAUGCCUUCCAGCGUGGGACGCUCAAACUCUGUGCAGCAGACUGUGUCACAUGGAUAUGCGUUCUCACAGGAGGAGCAUGGGGUGGUGUCGCAGUCCCAGGUUGUUCGCUCCUACGACACCACCCGUCAGCGGCCCAGUCUGUAGCUGUAGCCACAGCGACAGCUGGUAAAGACUUUAACGACACACCUGUGCUGGGUGAUCCUGCUGUGGCCUUUAAGCU